AUGCCUAACUCCAGCCAUCUCUCCCAGAGACUGGAUAGGACACAGGGGGUGGAGUUGGGGACGGAGGGCUUGGAAGCUCCACUGUGUCCUGCAUCUGAAGAAAGCUUUGGCCAGGGGCAGCUGUCCUGGCUUAUGUCAUUGUCCUCCUUCUGCCAUCCUUCAGAGGGAUGCUGGGGACACUGGGGCUCUGGGCAUUGCUCCCUGCAGCUACGCAAGGCGACUAUUUUUGUCCCUGCAUUCACUCCCUUCUUAAAUCCUCCCCUUUCCUCAUCUUGGGCCUCAGCACCCCCAAACAGGCGGAUCUGUGUGUUCUUUGAGGCCCCUGGAGUGCAGGGAAGCACAAAGACAUUGGGGGAGCUGCUAGAUGCAGGACCAGGGUCCCCCAGGGUUAUCCGCUGCCUCUACAGCCGCUGCUGCUUUGGGAUUUGGAACCUGACCCAAGGCCGGGCCCAGGUGGAGAUGCAAGGGUGCCGAGACAGCGAUGAGCCAGGCUGUGAGUCCCUCCACUGUGACCCAAGACCCCGAGCCCGCUCCAGCCCUGGCUCCACUCUCUUCAUCUGCUCCUGUGGCACUGAUUUCUGCAAUGCCAACUAUAGCCGCCUGCCACCCCCAGGGAGCCUGGGGGCUCCUGGUCCUCAGGGCCCCCAGGUCGCCCCAGGUGAGUCCAUCUGGAUGGCACUGGUGUUCCUGGGGCUGUUCCUCCUCCUGCUGUUGCUGGGCAGUAUUGUCUUGGCCCUACUACAAAGAAAGGCUCGCAGAGUGGGAGGUGGGCCAGAGCCAGAGCCAGACUCAGACAGAAACUGGAGUGAAGAGCUGCAGGAGCUGCCCGGGCUGUGUUUUUCUCAGGUAAUCCAGGAAGGACGUCACACGCUAGUAUGGGCCGGGCAGCUGCAAGGUGAGCUGGUAGCCAUCAAGGCCUUCCCUCCAGGGGCUGUGGCCCAGUUCCGGUCUGAGAGGGCGAUGUACGAGCUGCUGAGCCUACAGCACGACCACAUUGUCCGCUUUAUCACUGCUGGCCAGGGAGGCCCUGGCCCUCUCCCCUCUGGGCCCUUGCUGGUACUGGAACUACACCCUAAGGGCUCUCUGUGCCACUACUUGACCCAGCACACCAGUGACUGGAAAAGUUCCCUGCGGAUGGCAGUAUCCUUGGCCAAGGGCCUGGCAUUUCUGCACGGGGAGCGCUGGCAGCAUGGCCAGUAUAAACCAGGCAUUGCCCACCGUGAUCUGAGCAGCCAGAAUGUGCUCAUUCGGGAAGACGGGUCAUGUGCCAUUGGAGACCUGGGCCUUGCCUUGGUGCUCCCCGGCCUUUCCCAGCCUCCCACCUGGGCUCCUGCUCAGCCUCGAGGCCCAGCUGCCAUCAUGGAGGCUGGCACCUACAGGUACAUGGCGCCAGAGCUCUUGGACAAGACUCUGGACCUACAUGACUGGGGCACAGCCCUCCGGCGAGCAGAUGUUUACUCUCUGGCUCUGCUCCUGUGGGAGAUCCUGAGCCGGUGCCCAGAUUUGAGCCCUGACCGCAGGCCACCACCCUUCCAGCUGGCCUACGAGGCAGAAGUAGGCAGUGCCCCUACCACCUGUGAGCUCUGGGCCUUGGCAGUAGAUGAGAGAAGGCGCCCUUACAUCCCAUCUACCUGGAGCUGCUCUACCACAGACCCCGGUGGGCUGAGGGAACUCCUAGAAGACUGCUGGGACGCAGACCCAGAAGCCCGGCUGACAGCUGAGUGCUUGCAGCAGCGCCUGGCCACUCUGACCCAUCCUCGGGAAGCUGACUCCUUCCCAGAGGGCUGUGAGCUUGUCUGCUCACCUCGCUGCCCAGAAGACUAUCCCUCUCCUCCGGCCCCUGUUAUUCUCCCCUGCAGGCCUCAGCUAAGUGCCUUCCACUCCAGCGUUCAGCAAAGCCCUGACUCCAGGAAUUCUCAGCCUGCCAGUGCCAUUUCUCUUGAGUAAACUUGCAGUUUAUGUGGAAUCUUGUAUUUUCAGACGUAAAUGUGGUGAUCAUGUACUGCAUGGACUGCCUUAUCAUGGCUUUCCCAUUUACUAAAUCCUUGGAUUCUUCUGUGGUACCAAGUCCACAGUGGUCCUGACCAGUAUGUAGAG